AUGCCAGUGUUACAAUCCAAGAACGCCACCGGGGGCGAUGCUCCCAAACAGUUCAACCAGCCUUCGCGAAAAGGAAAGAAGGCAUGGAGGAAAAAUGUUGAUGUAACCGAGGUGCAGAAGGGUCUUGAAGAAUUGAACAAGGAGAUUAUCGCUGGUGGUGUUAUCAAGGAGAAGUCCUCUGAAGACUUGUUCACUCUCGAUACUAAGGGCGAUGCCGGUCUACCCAAAAAGUUCAACAAGCACAUCAAGAAGGGCCUCAAGGCUGACGAGAUUAUCAAUGCCCGGUCUCCCGUGCCCGCCGUUUCCAUGCGCAAGCGACCGGGCGACAAGACAACCAACGGAAUUCUUCCUGUAAAACGCCAAAGGACUGAUUGGGUGUCACACAAGGAGCUGGCGCGACUAAAGCGAGUGGCCGAUGGAGAACAUCAGAAUACUGUCCAAGUACAAGAUGCCACCUAUGACAUCUGGGACAUGCCUACAGAGCCACAGGCGAAGGAUCCCGAAAACUUCUUGGAAGACGAGGUCAAGCCCAAGGCUCCAAAGUCGAUGAAGAAGGAGCCCCUUUCUUUGUUGGAGAGUGGCAAGCAGGUUCCUGCUGUCCUCAAGCCCACGGGAGGAUAUAGCUACAACCCUGAUUUCGACGAGUACACACAACGUCUGGAAGAAGAGAGUGAGAAGGCUCUUGAAGCUGAGCGCAAGCGCCUGGAGAAAGAGGAACAGGAGCGCAUUAAGCAGGAGGCUGCAGCCCGAUCAGCGGCUGAGGCUGAGGCCGCAGAGGCUCGUGCCAACCUUUCAGAGUGGGAGGAGGAUUCCGAAUGGGAAGGAUUCCAGAGUGGUGCUGAAGAUGAUAAGCCAUCCGCCAAGCGCCCACAGAGAAAGACCCAAGCUCAGCGCAAUCGCAUCAAGCGCCGCAAGGAAGAGGAGCGUCUCGCGAAACACAAGGCUGCCCUUAAGGCCCACCGUCGCCAAGCCCAGCGCAUCCAGGAGAUCGCCGAGGAGAUUGAAGAAAGAGACCGCAACAAGGCACUUGUCUUGCAAAAAGACGACGAAUCUGACCCCAUUGAUGAGCUUCGUGCCGAGAAGUUGCGCCGCAAGCAGCUUGGCAAGUACAAGCUUCCUGAACGGGAUCUUGAGCUUGUCCUUCCAGAUGAGCUCGAAAGCUCGCUGCGCCGUCUCAAGCCCGAGGGCAACAUGCUCCGGGACAGAUACCGAAGCAUGUUGGUGCGUGGCAAGGUUGAGAGCAGAAGACAUAUUGCUUUCCACAAACAGGCCAAGCGCAAGUUUACGGAGAAGUGGACAUACAAGGACUUCAUGAUAUAA